GUGACUUCGAGUUGUGUGGCAAAGCAAGUCGAUCCUGGUUCGCUUCUUCAUGGUUCGACAACUGUACCGGAGAGCAACAAAGAGGACUCGCUUGAGAACAAUUCCAUGAUCUAUUGAGUGUCAAGUCAAGGAUUUGUCCAUUGAACAGCACAAGUCAUGUACCAGGUUGUACCCGGGGGAGUGGGUGGCACAAUAACAGAUGUUAUCCCCAAGCAGAAACACAGCAAGGACACCAGACCCUUAGUUGGAGCAGGAGUUCUUGGCCUGGUGUUGGUGAUUGCAGCAGUGUCUGCAUGGUCUUAUUACAUUGCUUCGCUGCGAAAAGCUGAGCUGCUAAAGACUCAGCUGCUGGAUUUAAAUAAAGAUGGCUACAUUAUCCGCAAUCAGGGAGGAGCUAUUGUUUUCAGAAUGGAUUUUAGGUCAGGGACAUUGGAUUUGGACUCUUGCACCAAAGAAGGGGAGCUUCUUAGCUGUGGACGCACGACUGAUAGAAGCCUCAACUUCUUCAUUGAGACGGUUCGGCCGAAAGACACGGUGCAGUGCUACCGUGUGCGUUGGGAGGAGCUGGUUCCCGACGUUUCUGUCGCACACGCAAUGACAUACAAGUUUGCCCACUGGUAUGGUGGUGCGGUGUCAGCUAUUCAACAUUGGCCUAUUUCCAUCUCUGGUCAACAGUCUCCAAAACCCUUUGUUACUAGUGACAUCUACUCCAAUCGCAAUGAGUUUGGAGGAAUCUUGGAGAGCUAUUGGCUUUCAUCGAAUGCUACCGCCAUCAAAAUUAAUAAUUCAGUGCCGUUCCACUUGGGCUGGAAUGACACAGAGAAAACCAUGUACUUCCAAGCAAGAUACAACGACAGUCCCUUCAAGCCAAACCCAGGGGAGGCUCCAUGUGCUGAACUUAGCUACAGAGUAUGUGUUGGUUUGGAUGUGACAUCCAUUCACAAGUACAUGGUUCGUCGAUACUUCAAUAAACCAAAUAAAGUGCCUGCCAAAGCCAUGUUUCAGCACCCUAUCUGGUCCACUUGGGCACUUCAUAAGACAGACAUUGAUCAAGAAAAGCUUUUAACGUAUGCUGCCAACAUCCGGAAAUAUAACUUUAACUGCAGCCACCUGGAAUUAGAUGACCGCUACACACACCGCUAUGGAGAAUUUGAGUUUGACCCAAUAAAGUUCCCCAAUGCCUCAUCCAUGUUUCAAAAGCUUAAAUCUGAUGGAUUUCUUGUGUCUCUCUGGAUCCACCCUUUUGUGAACUACAACUCAGAGAACUUCCAUACUUGUGUGGAGAGAGGCCUGUUUGUCCGGGAGCCUACAGGUCAGCUGCCAGCUUUAGUCCGCUGGUGGAAUGGAAUUGGUGGAAUUGUGGACUUCACAGACCCAGAGGCUCGUGAUUGGUUUGCCUCCCAGCUGCGUUCUCUUCGCUCUAAAUAUGGGGUGUCUUCUUUCAAGUUUGAUGCAGGUGAGACCAACUACUUGCCAUGGAAGUUUAGCACCAAAACCCCCAUUCGGGAUCCAAGCUUUUUCACAAGACGUUACACAGAGAUGGCCAUUCCCUACAAUGACAGAGCGGAGCUACGGAGUGGCUACCAGUCUCAGAACAUAUCUUGUUUCUUUAGGCCUAUUGAUAGGGACUCUGUGUGGGGCUAUGAGUUGGGACUCAAGUCUCUUAUCCCCACUGUGCUCACCAUCAGCAUUCUGGGUUAUCAGUUCAUUCUACCCGACAUGAUAGGAGGAAAUGCCUAUCUGAACCGCACUGAUGGAAAUCGGGCAUUACCUGACCGAGAACUCUAUAUCCGUUGGCUGGAGUUGUCAGCAUUCAUGCCCUCCAUGCAGUUUUCUAUCCCACCAUGGGCCUAUGACAAUGAGGUUGUUGAAAUUGCUCGCAAAUACACCGCUCUCCAUCAGAGUAUUGUAGCACCGCGGGUCUUGGAGCUGGCUGGUGAGGUGCUGGACACCGGAGACCCAAUUAUACGACCGUUGUGGUGGAUUGCCACAGGUGAUGAAACCGCCUAUAAAAUAGACUCUCAAUUUCUGAUUGGAGAUGAUCUCAUGGUAGCACCUGUUUUAGAACCUGGAAAGCAAGAGCGUGAUAUUUAUCUCCCUGCUGGUCGCUGGAAAAGCUAUAAAGGGGAGAGGUUUGAUAUCAAAGAGCCACUGCACCUCACAGAUUAUCCUAUAGAUUUGGAUGAAAUUGCUUACUUUGUCUGGGUGUAGAAAGAAGGGAUUUCAAAGUUAAAGAACUUGGUUAGAAAAUUCAUUUUUAUUUUUUUAUUUUUUUUAUUUUUCAGGCUUGUCAUGAAACAGGUCUCAGUUCAAAUUUAAAUAGUCUCUCAUAUAGCCUCAAAACCUCACCCAAGAGCCUUAAAUUUUAAGAGUUCAUGUUUUUCCAACAAUUUGAGUGAAAGAUAGAAAGACCAUUUUAUGUAUAGUCAGUACGUUGUCAAUAUGUCUUCAGAUGAAAUGUACUUACUGUGAAUCAAGACAUAACUCUGCAAUUAUAUAUAGAAGAUGAGGGGAAAGGUGCCAUUACUUGUACGCAUGAGAUUAUUUUACUGUAACUAAUUUUCUUAGUGUACUGACAGGUAUACAAUUGCUCUCAAAAUUAGUAAACCCCCUCUGCAUAUUUUAUUUAUUUGUAGAGUUUACAAACGUGCAGUAGUUUUCAAUGAAAAAACUAUUUCAGUAAACACAACUUAUAUAAUGUAUCUAAUACUGAUCACUUGAAAGUUUAUACAUUUUAAAAAUGUAAUCUAAAAUUGGGGUUGAAUAAUUUUGACUGCAAAUAUAAUUGCACAUUUUGCUUUAAGCUUUUUGUAAAGCAUUGAUCUUCAUAAUAUUUUGUAUUGUUCAACAUACAGUUAUAGCACAGACAAUAACUAUGAAAACUUCGAAAAAGUUAGUUGCUGGGUAGUAAACAUUUGAUACUCUUUCUCAGGUACAGUAAGCCCUUCACUCAGGCUCAGUUUGAAGUGACUGGUAACAGAUUUAUUUGUCUUUUGUGACGCAAAGGCUGCACGAUUAUGGCCAAAAAUAAUAAUCACGAAUAUUUUUGAUCAGUGUUGUAAUCACGAUUAUUAAUCACAAUUAUUCCUCAUGUUAGGAAAAAAUCUCAAUUUUUAUUGCACUACUUUUUAACAAACAAUAUGUAGUAAUUUUCAGUUCAGAAUGAAUCUUUCAAUAAGAAUACACGAUAAUAAUUGAAAAAAUAAAUGUACCCCAAAUUCUACGUUAGCAAGGGCUAAAUAAAUAAAUGUGCGAUUACAAAAUGCGAUCACGAAUUACAACUUAAUGGAAGCAAAUACAGUUAAUGCAUGGAAGGCAAUAACAUUAGGCUGUAAGCAUUGUCAAGGACGGUACGGCUCCAUUGUUCUGCUUGACCAUCGGUCAGUCAUGAGCGGUCAGAAACUGCAAAGAGCUCGACAGUUGUGAUUUCUCUCUCUAUUUACUCCAGGGUUUUUUUCAUUGCGGUGAAGCCACCCGAAAAGUUGAAGUCAAGGCAGCAGCAAUUGUUAUUGUCUUACUACAUGCUGUGCUACAUUUAUGCCAGAUGUAACGAGACACACGCCUUCCAAAAAGCUCAACUGUUAUCUUGUGAGUCGAUAUAAUUAAUAUUCUCCCAACAGUCUUGGGACU